AUGGAUGUCAACAAACCCCCACCGUCCAUCACAGACAAAGCCUCCUGCCAUGAGGGUCAAGUCUCGCAGUACGAUGAGCGCAUGCCCGAGUCCCUCCGCAACCUCAGCGAGGAGGAGCUGCGCGACCUGCAGCGCCGACUCGUCCGCAAGGUCGACCUCUUGAACCUGGCCUCGGCCAAGCUGCAAGGCAUCACCGACGACCUGCACAUGAGCUCGGAGCAGUUCGCCACCGCCGUCUCCAUCCUGUUCGUCGGGUACCUCCCCUUCCAGGUGCCCAGCAACAUCCUGAUCACGCGCAUCUCACGACCGGGGCUGUACAUCUGCGUGGCCGUGGCCAUCUGGGGGUGCAUCUCCGCCGCCACGGCGGCAGUCAAGAACUACGGACAACUCCUCGCGGUGCGGGCGAUCCUGGGCAUCGCCGAGGCCGUCUUCUUCCCGGGGGCCAUCUACUACCUGUCAGCCUGGUACACCAAGAUCGAACUGGGUAAGCGCAUCGCGGGGCUCUACAUCGCGCAGCAGGUCGGCAACGCGUUCGGGGGCCUCUUCGCAGCCGCCAUCCUGCAGCUGGACGGGGUCCACAACAUCGCCGGAUGGCAGUGGCUCUUCAUCAUCGAGGGCAGCGCGACCGUGGGCAUCGGGCUACUGUGCGGGCUGAUCAUGCCGGAAUUCCCGCACAACAGCCGGCUCCUCUCACCGUUGCAGCGCGAUCUGGCCGUGUGGCGCAUCGAGUCCGAAGCCGGCGCGGCCGAGGGCAACGCGGACACCGAAAAAGAGAACCCACUCGAAGGCUUCCUGCACGCGCUAUCCGACCCCAAGCUCAUCCUCCUCAUCCUCGCCAACAUGCUCUCCCAAACCCAAGGCUCCAUCGCCAACUACUUCCCGACCCUCGUCUCUUCCCUCAAUUUCUCCGAGACGGUCAGCCUGCUCCUGACGGCGCCGCCGUACAUCCUGGCGGGCGCCGUCUACUACGGGAUCAUGUUCUACUCCGACCGGCGGAACACCGUCUACCCGCUGAUCCUGGGGUGCAUUGGUAUUGCGAUCGCGAUGUACGUGAUCCUGCUGGCGACGCUGAACACCGGCGCCCGCUACUUCGCCAUGAUGAUCCUGCCGUUCGCCUCCGUCGGCCCCCAGCUCCUCCUCUACAAGACCAUCAACCUGCACCUGGCGCGGCCGGUGGCCAAGCGCGCGGCGGCGUCGGCGCUGGUGAACGCCAUCGGCGGGACCUCGAAUAUCUGGGCCUCGUAUCUGUAUUACUCGUCACCGCAUUUCUAUGCUGCGUUUGGCACGCUGAUGGGGGCGGCGGUGCUACUGGCCGCCACGAUGACGGCGUACCGGUGGUUGGUGCUGCGCGAGAAUCGGCGGCUGGAUUCCGAGGUGGACGAAGAGGUGCGCAAGGCAAUGAAGGGGGGCGUCACGGAGGAGAUGGUGCGGUUGGGGUGGCGGUAUGAGAUGUAUUGA